CUUUGGUUUAUGUUUCGUUGUUUUCUUUCUUAUUCAUGUUUCAAAGUUCAGUCAAAUCGGAAGGGAUAAAUGAGUUUUAAACAAUUGUAGUAAAAUAUCUCCGUUUUGUUAUGUACAGUAACUAUGUAUUUGUAUGUGGUACUAUGCUUUCUUGGCCUCAUUUCCCACACAAAUGCGGCAAAAUUAUCUUUUGAACGAAAUAAACAAUCCUUGGAUUUAGUAGGUUUCUUUUGGCAAAUCACUGACAUUCACUAUGAUGGAAACUACAGUAUUUCUGGUGUUCCAACGGAUAUGUGUCAUCAAAGUACCAGUAAAUUAAACAAUGCUACAAAACUUGGCAUUUAUGGAGAUUUUUUGUGUGAUUCACCAUGGCAAUUAGUUACAUCUGCUAUUGAAGGAAUGAGAGCAAAUAAUGCUGAACCAGAUUUCAUCAUUUGGACUGGGGAUUCCAUUCCACAUGUCAAUAAUUCAGAACUGGACAGAACUGAAGUUUUCAAGAUCAUUGGGAAUGUAACUAGAAAAUUAGCAGAAGUUUUCCCCAAUAUUUCAAUUUUCCCAGUUCUUGGUAACCAUGAUCCAUACCCAGCCAACCAGAUGCCUGCUGGUACUAGUGACGGUUAUUAUGGUGGAAUAUUAAAAAAAUCACAAUGGGAAAACAUUUUAGACAGUGAUCAACAGAGACAGUUUAACAAUGGUGGAUACUAUAGUUUUCACAUUCAAUCAAAUUUACGUCUACUAGCUUUAAAUACCAACUUAUAUUAUCAACUGGAUACACUAGUUAAAGACAUGGAAGACCCAGCUGGACAAUUAGCAUGGUUUGAAAAACAAUUAAUAGAUUGUAGAUUAAAGAAUGAAAAGGCUUAUGUCAUAUCUCAUGUUCCUCCAGGAGCAUUUGAAAGACUUGCAGGAAUAAGCUGGUUCUAUCCACAAUUUAAUCAACAAUAUUUAAAGAUUAUAGCCGAUUAUAGUGAUAUUAUUAUAGGACAGUUCUAUGGCCAUGAACAUACAGACAGCUUUAGAUUACUUAUAGAUCAACAUGAUGAAGCCAUAAAUACAAUGUUUUUAAGCCCAGCUGUUACACCAUGGAAGAGUACAUUACCUGGAGUUGGUGCCAACAAUCCGUCUAUUAGAUUAUAUUCCUAUAUCAAGGAAACGGGUGUGGUUAUAGAUUAUAAACAAUAUUAUCUAAACUUAACAGAGGCUAAUAGCUUACAUAAAGCAGAUUGGAAACUGGAAUAUCAAGCAACAGAGGCUUUUAAUAUCCCUGAUCUUUCUCCUACAUCAUUAGACCGUCUGUCAGAAUCUUUCAGAGACAAUGAUUACAUGUUUAACAAAUAUUUAGUAAUAAACACUGUCGGCUAUGAUACAAACCCCCAGUGUAAUUCUACAUGUAAACGGAAUCAGAUUUGUGCUAUUCGUCAUCUUAAUUUGGAUCAGUAUACAGAUUGUAUAAGUAGGAGAGGAGAUACCACAUUUAGACCUGUUCUUACUACACACCACCAUCAUGGUAAACCAGGUCGGAAACCUGUUCCUAGGUACAUGUUUUAUAUUAUAGGAUCAAUGGCCGGAGUUAUUCUACUCCUCACAAUAUUAUUCGCUGUUUUCUGUUUCAAUCGGGGCAAAAGACAAAGGGUUCCUUUCAAGUAUGGCCGUUUUGCAGGACCAAUUAAUUAAAACUUAAUCUCCCCUUCCUCAAUUAUCCUUCUCAUAGUCCCUUCUGCCUGUCUGUCUGUCCAACGUAAACAAUAAGUAAUUUUCGAGCUCUUGAUUGAUUGAGUUCAGUGAAAUUUGGUGGGAAUGUUGCUGGUGUGGCGUUGAUAUAGAUUUGCUCAAAUUAAGUUGCUUGCCCAAUAGGUGCUGGCCAGUGGCUUAAUGAAGGUGCAGAAUUAGAUAUUUUGUACUCUUUUUUUUUUUCGAGUCCACUCGAUUGAUCACGACUAAAUUUUAUAUAUAUGUUGCCUAGGUGGUGAUUAUUUAGAUCUUUUCAAACGAUGUUGCUCAUGUGGACAAAGACAGGCAGCUUGUAUUAGCAUAUUUUAACAUUAGUUUUACUUAUAUUGUUAAAUAUUUCAACAAAAAUAUUUUCAUCUUAUAAUAUGCCUUUUUAUGUUGUUUUUUAAUCAAGAAAAAUAUCAGUCAUAAAGCAGUUAUAGGCUUGAAUAUUCUUACUAUGCAAAACUUUUAAUUCACAAAUACUCUUUUAACGGAUGGGCGAUUGAGGACAUUGGGCCCCUUGUAAAUUGGCUUUUAAAUUACUGUGAUCUGUACCUGAUAAUUUAUUGUUUAAUUCUUGUAAUAAUUUUAUAUUUUGUUUUAAGAAUUAUCAGAUCUGUGAUAAUUUUGUGUUUGAUUUUUUUAUUUUAAAAAAUGAUCAAAUCUUUAUGCUAUGUCAAUAUGUAUUUUAAAAGAUGAUUAAUGUGCAGGUUAUUUUUGUAACGUAUAAAUACAAUGAUUUACUUUUAUUAUAAUUAUUUUUAAAUAACUGUAUAUUUUAAUAUGAUUUUUUUUUAAUGGAAAUGUAUAUACAUACUAGUAUUGAUAUGUUUAUAAAAAAGAGAAUAACAUCUGUAAAAAAAUGUAGAAUUAAAUCAUUCCAGACAAAACAUUAUUU